AUGUCUCUCUACACUCUGGGAGUCCACCUGCAGAUCCUGCUGGCUGUGGGUCUGGCUGUGCUCUGCUAUGCUCUGCUGCUUGGCUGCAUCUUUUGUUGUCGCAAAAGGAGGAUUUCUUCUAAGGACAAGGAGGCCGUUUUGUUGUCUCCUCCACCAGCUGAGCGCGUGAGUCUGACUCUGACUCAUCCUCUGAGCGUUCAGCCUGUCAAGCAGCAGUACGAGGAGCUGGAAGGAGACGUGUUGGAGUUCCCCUCCUCCAAAAGCAGCACUCCCCUCUCUGAAGAUGACCUCACUGCUCUGCCCUUUGACACGGAUGGAUCAGCGGAAUCGAAGCAGCCUCCCAGUUCUUUGCUCCCAACGCGUCGCCUCAGCACCCCCGCUCUUCCCUGCUCGCCCUGUAAAGCUGCGGCUCACGGCAGGCCCUCCCUGCCUUCCCUCAUCCCCUCUAAGCUGAGCUUUGUGUCCAAACCCUGCCGGGUGAUGGGUCGACGCAGCACCGUGAGUGGGGAGAGUUUAAUUCACAGUGAGAGCAGUCCUCUGACUGCUGGUGCUGCCAGCGCCCCCACCCAGCAGGGUGUGGCUGGUCAACCCCAGUAUGGCUCUAACUCCCUCUCCUCCAAACGAGCCCCUCUCCUGCACUUCUCCCUGCUCUUCAGCUCGGCCUCUGGCACCCUCUUGAUCAACAUCCUGGGGCUCUCUGGAGACAGUCGGAGGCGCAGUGGGGUGUUUGUUCGGGUGAGCCUCCCACCCCUUUACCCCUCCCCGCAGCAGAGACCCCCACGGCGGCGCAGCCUCAGCCCAGACCUCCACAGCCAGAGCUUCGUGCUGCAGGUGGGCUCUGUGGAAGAGCUGCUCACCUGCACGCUCAGGCUAGCCGUCUACAGCAGGGACUUCUCAGGACUGAGGGAGGCCUCUCUGGGGGAGGUGGAGCUCCUCUGUGAGCAGAUGAUGUGGAAGCCUGACACCAUCACCACCUACACCAGGCAGCUCAGCCCGAGCAAAAGCAAGCUGAAGAAGAGCACGAGUUCUCUGGAGAUGCUGGGUCGCAGGAAGGGCUCAGUCUGCGUGCCCCGGACUUUGGGGCAGCUGCUGAUCUUGCUGCAGUACCAGGUGCUGUCCCGGAGAAUCAAAGUGAUGGUUCGAAAGGCCGAGAACCUCACCAAGCUCACAUGGAUACCAGGAACUCCAGACCAUUAUAUUGUCAUCAACUUACGUCAGGAUGGAAAAAUAAUUGAUACAAAGGAAACCAAAGGGUCCAGCGGUCCCAACCCCAUCUGGAACGCUCCCUUCCUGUUUGACGUGCCGCCUGGUGACAUCACUGAGCUGCCACUGGCUCUCGAGUUCAUCAUCAUGCAGGGUCGUCUCUACACUAAAAGCAGCGCUCUGGGCCGAGUGUUGAUUGGCAGCAAUGCUUCAGAGGCAGGACGGGAACACUGGAGGGAAAUGUGCAACCCAGGGCAAACAGAAACCACUCAGUGGCACACCAUCCUGUUAGAUUCACUCUAG